GCGCGCACAUUUGUGCGCAGGUUCGAAUCUCAGCCGCUUCGUGGUUGCUCCUCAGCGUCCGGCCGUACCUCGGCGGUCGCGAGGGCAGCGUGCGCGGGCUGGGCCACACCGGCCGCCCCGCCCCCUCCGCCCUCUGCACCUUCCAGCCGCAGCCUCGCCCGGACUCGGUCCUCGCCCUUCCUAGCGUGCUGCGCGCUCCGCCCUCGCCCUCCGCCCCCACAGCUAUCGGCGCUCGGCCUCCCGCGCCCGGCGGGCUCCGCCCGAGCCUUCGGGGCCCAUGGCCAAGCGGCGUGCGGCCGAGCCCCUGACGUUCCACGUGCCUUGGAAGCGGCUCCUGCUCUGCGACUUUCCUGAGGAGCCGCCGCGGCCACCGCUCUGGAUCCCGCCGCCGGGAGCCUCGCAUCCCGAGCAGCCCCUCGGCGUCCCGGAGCUGCCCCGAAAGCGUAAAAUUGACGCAGGGGGUAUGACUGAGCCUUUGGUUUCGCCCAGCAAGCGCCGCGACGGCGGGGACACUGGCGCUCCGGACGGCGCGGAGCGUGAGGGCCGCGGCCUGGAGACUGGCGAGCCGCCGCUGCUGCAGCCGCCCGUGCGGCCCCGCGGGCCGGGGGAGGAGCCCCGGGGCGUUCGGCCCCCGAGGGGCGGUGGCGACGGCGGGGCGGAGCACGCAGAGUCCCUGCGGGGAGACUGGGGGGCCGCCCCGCGCCAGCUUGAUGAAGAAUUUUGGCAGUAUAACACCUUCCAGUACUGGAGGAAUCCUUUACCACCUAUUGAUCUGGCAGACAUUGAAGAUGUAAGUGAAGACAACCUGACAGAAACAACACUUCAGGACAAGAAUGAAGUUGUUGAGAUCGAUAUGGAGUCCUGACAGAAGGAGCUGAAGAAAUGGGUUUUUCUGAAUUUGAGGAGACAUCUCUAAGUGAAUUUAUGUAUUCUUAAGGAAAAAAGUUAUUUUCCAUACUUGAUGUGAUAUCAUUCCCAAACCUGAAAAAUGAGGAAAAGUUGUUUUAAAGAUAAAUGCCUGCAGUCACUACUAUACCUCCCGAUGGGGAUUUGUCAAGGAUAUAGUGCAGCUAUAGGAGAAGUAUUUUAUGUAUGCAUUCUUAAGAAAAAUUUAUGUUUAGGUUCUAAAUUUGAAGAUAUCAGUCUUAUAAAAAGGAAUUGUGACAGUUUUAGAAAUAGAUGGGAAACAUUCAGAUAUUCCUCUUGUUGCACCAAAAAGUUAAUUUGUGGUACACGAAAUGAAUAUUGUUUUAUAAUAACUUAUUAAUAAAAUGCUUUCUAAUGCAUUUCAUCGCCUCUUCUUCAUUGAACAAAUAGCUGACUUAAACAUCUAUGCAAACUUAAAAUGUGGGGGAUUCUUUCUGAAACCUGGUAUUGUUUUAAAAGAGCUUUCUAAAUGUACAGUAGUGAACGUUUUAAUUUGGAUAGGAUGUUUGCAUAACUUCCAAUAUUUAACGUUUGUUAAACUUGACUGGGCAAUCAAAGAUGGAUAAAGAACAAAGAGAAAUGAGUAGGUGCUUCCUUCCCCCUUUUCCCAGGAUAAGAGGAAAGAAAUUUAUCAUAUUUCUUUUUCUUUUCUUUUUUUAAUUUCUUGGUUUUGAAUUGCUUUGAGGGUAUGCUGUUUAUUGCUUAUUAUUUUAGACUUGUACUUGUCGACACUGACAACACUUCAGAUGGGCCCCACUCUUCUCAUAUGAUUGUUCUGAGCUGGGCUUUGGAUGUAGCUAUUUUUUUAAGCACCAAUCUUCCUUCCUCCCAUUCCUCAAAUGAGCAGGCCAGUUCAAGAACCACUAGACUAAUGAUUGUUUUUCCUGUUUAAAAGAGAUAACUAACUUGAGCUGAAGCACUGCCUCCUUAGUUAGCUUUGUUUUUAUUUUGCUCUGUUGAUGGCUUUGUUACAACUGAAUU